AUGGAUGGGGACAAAUCGGUACAGAAUUCCGUAGGCCUUGUCUCAAUUCCACCUCUUUCCGAGUCGAGGUUGGUUAUGCUGACUCUGCCGCAACAGGAGCGCCUUUUAGACAUUACUGAGGCAGUUGGUCGUGAUGUUCUCGCUGCACAAAAGCACUCAGUGGAGACAGCUCUUAGAGAAGCUCAAAUUUCUGCCGAGCGGGACUUGAAACGUGCCCGUAUGGAGAGCAGUAACCUGGCCUCGGAGAAAGCCGAUUUGGAAGUUCGACUGAAGAACUUGGAGCAACGUUUACAAGAGUCAAAUGAAACCAAUGAAGAGUUACACAAGCAGCUGGAAGCUGUAAAAGGUCAUGCGGAGUCUAGGAUUGCGAGCGCUCUUGCUGCUUUUAAGCAUGACGACGGGCUAGCUGAGAAGGUUGAUGUCAUGAAUGCGGAAAUAACAGCCUUACGGUCGGAUUUGGAGGCAAAAUUUGUGGAAACCACGAAUCUCCAAGUUAAAGUUGAAACCCUCCGUUUGGACUUAAGCAUAUCGGAAAGAAAGCGGAAUGACUUGCAACAUAUCUGCGACGAAAAUGAAGCAACAUUGAAGGAAGCAGAAUCCUUGGGAAAUAAAGUCAAGGAGCUGGAGUCAGCCAACGCUCAACUGAAGGACCAACUGGAACAGGCGGCCCACGCUCCUGGCAAUGCUUCCAGCCUUGUAAGUCGUCCGGACGGUUCUGGCCUCUGUCUUCGAUCCUCUUCCCUCCUCCAUACUACCCGCAUGGAGCAACGCAUGGCUCGUUUGGAGAUCGAAAAUAUGGAACUUCGGCGCUCUGAAGCGCAACUUGUCACUGUCCGCGCCCAUUUAGAGGAUUUGACUGCUCGUCUUGAACGAGCAAAUGAAUGGCAAGAACGUGCACUGUUAGCGGAGGAGAAGCUGAACAGCCAGAGCUCUGCUGCUGUAAAUGAAGCGAUGGAGGGGAAACUAACAGCGUUGACUCAGUGUCAACGAGAAAAUGCUCUCCUACUCUCUGAAAUGGGUCAACUUCGGAGCGAGUUAGCAUCGACAUCAGUGGAGCUGAAAAGUCUAAAGGUGAAGCACUCUGAACUUACUGCGGAGGAAUCUAGACUCAAAACGAUGUUGGAAUGCUUUGAAACCCGGUUUCGACGCCUCAGUCGGCGUAUUAAGAUUCUCCAGCAAGAGCGGGAUAUGUAUAAGCAAUUUGUGAGCAGCUAUGAGGAUGCAGAUGCAACGCUUGCUUCGCCAGCUGGGGAGCUAGUUCAUCAGUUCCAGAGCAUGAUCGAACAUAUUUCGAACUCACUGAAGGUCUUUCACCAACAGGCUGAGUCUGAUGAAGCCGAGAUUGAACGGUUAAUUGAUGAAGUUGCAUAUGUCUCGGGUGGCGCGCGUGGGGUUUCUUUUAUUGACAUGUCUUCUGCAGAUUUGGCUAUUUCUUCAACUGACCGCCAAACUAUUCAACAGUUGCGGGAAACUAUUAGUGAGUUAGAAGAACGGCUUGAAAGAAUCGAAAGGGAUAAACAAUCGGUCGAACAGGAAAUUGAAUGCAUGCGGGCCUGCGGUGCUUAUAAUCCGGAUGAGACACGGGUGGUUCAUUUUCUCGCUAAUCCGGCGGACACUAUGAAACGUAGUCGGGAGGAAGAGAUUAUUAGCCUACGCAAGGAGAAUGCUCAAUUGCAGCAGCGCAUUAAUAUCUUGCAUGAUCGUCUCACACGCUUCUAUGAAUCGCAUGGCCAGGCUGAUGCCCUCGAGUCUACCCCGGAUAUGGGUGAAGUGACGAUGGAGGUGGUAGAAAGCCUCAAGCACCACCAAGAUCCUCUCUCCGAGAUUCAGAAGUUGAAGUCUCAGCUACAGACGGAACGGUGCCGCAGUGAUCGACUGAUGGAGACAUUCGCUUCCGUGAGCAGCGAGCUCCGCGAGGCCUGUGGCCUUCUUUUUGGCUACAACCUCCACGUUCGGCAGUCAGGCAUCUACAAAGUACAACUGCGUCCCAGCUUACUUUCCUCCACUUCAGUCUCCUCUUCCACCACCUCUGCACCUUUUAUAAAGUUCAAGAGAUCCGAAAAAGGUCUCGCCGUUAUGGAGACAACUUUGGAAGGUGAGAGCGCCAGCGAUUUUCUCAACCACCGCCUCCCCAUUCCUCUCGCAUUAGCGCGACUGUUACUACUCACGAAUGGGGUUAGCAAUUUCGAGUCCAUGGAGCAAUCAACAAUGCUUAUGUAA